GAAAUUUUUAAGGGAGCUAGGGCUUUGCGAUUUAUCACGCCAGUAUAAAAUCUACCAAGGGUUCUGGCUUUUACUUUGAAUGAGUAGCUUUCAAAAUCGAGAUCUUUUUACUGUGAAUUGAGUCAGUUCCUUAUAUAUUUGAAGAAUUUUGCAACUGAACAUCAGUUCUGUCCAAAAUGAGCCGGCCAAUGGAGGAAGAUGGUGGUGGCAAGAAUGAAGAGGAGGAGUUUAACACAGGACCGCUUUCUGUGCUCAUGAUGAGUGUUAAGAAUAACACACAGGUGCUGAUCAAUUGUCGGAACAAUAGGAAGCUUCUGGGUCGCGUGAGGGCUUUUGAUAGGCACUGCAACAUGGUGCUUGAGAAUGUCCGGGAAAUGUGGACUGAGGUGCCGAAGGCUGGGAAAGGAAAGAAAAAAGCACAGCCAGUUAACAAGGAUAGAUUCAUCAGUAAAAUGUUCCUCCGCGGAGAUUCUGUUAUCAUUGUUCUCAGGAACCCCAAAUGAGGCUGCUUGCAAUGCACAUUAACUAGUGGGGAGUGAUUUGCAUGUAAUAUUUGCCAUUUUACUGAUAUUGACGAGUACUAUGGUCUUGACAGCUAGCGUGAUGCCCUCUAAAUUUUUGUUUAAAUAUUGAGAUCUUUGCUAGGAUACGGACGAUAUAUUUUGAUGUCAGCCUUUACCCAGAAAAAUUCUCGAGCUAGUCGCAGGACAAUCGUUGCCGGAACUUUGUAAUAUGCUCUUCAUGCAAAACCGUAUUGGGGAUGCUCCAUACUGUCAAAUGUAUGUUUCCGGAGUUUUACCAUUAAAUUAAUACAGUGGUGUAUAUUUUUUUGAAUGAAGAAAGACGCAUUGACCGACAGAUGUCGUUUCAAUACAUGAA